AUGGAGUCCUUGGAGAGGGAGUAUACCGACCUAAAUUAUGGCAUUCGAGCCAUGGCAAUCAAUAUUCCUGGAUUUGCCUAUCAUAAGGCACUUAAGAGAAGGAAUAAUCAAUCUGCAGAUAAAAAAGACAUGAUGGAUGCUCUCAUGGAUGUGGAAGAUGAGAACGGUAGGAGAUUAAACGACGAUGAAAUCAUCGAUAUUUUGGUAAUGUACCUAAAUGCUGCAGGCCAUGAAUCUUCUGGUCACAUCACUAUGUGGGCCACCCGUUUUCUACAGAAGCAUCCUGAUAUCUUCAAAAGAGCUAAGGCAGAAAAAGAGGAAAUUAUAAGAAAAAUGCCACCUGAUCAGAAGGGUCUGACCCUUAAAGAAAUAAGGCAGAUGGUAUAUCUUGGUAAUCGAAAGGCAAAGAAAGAUGUCGAUAUUUGUGGAUACACCAUUCCUCAGGGGUGGAAAGUUUUGAUCUGGUUUAGGAGUGUUCACUUGGACCCUCAAACAUACGUCGACCCAAAGAAGUUUGAUCCUUCUAGAUGGGAUGUCUUUACACCCAAAGCAGGAAAUUUCCUUCCUUUCGGAGGUGGAAGCAGAUUGUGCCCCGGAAAUGAUCUUGCCAAGCUCGAAAUUGCUAUUUUUCUUCACUAUUUCCUACUUAAUUACUAG